AGACUGAAGUCCCAGCGCCGGACUGAAGUAUUGACCCCGACGAAGAUAAGAUCUUUCCUUGGCUUCAGAAAACAACAGGCAAGAAGUGACAGUAAUUUCCACGAAUGGACUGCACUAUCAGUGUCCGCAUCUCUCCGAGAAACUAGUUCGCGGCGCCGGGUAACAAUACGUAUUUCACUGUGGACUGAGCAGUGAGUAGGACAAGCAAAGAUUUGCAGCCAAGUGCCGUAAGGGCGGCCUGCAUGCAGCUAGCGCAGGAUGGUUCUGUCCGUGGCUCUGAAGUGUCGCUUGGUCCGGGGCCUGAGCGAGGAGCAAAAUCAUGAGAGCUGGAGCCCUGAGAUAGAUACCAGCGAGAUCAUCUCCAUUCGUCGCCGGCAGCUAGUAAUCGACAACGUAGCUGCUUACACACUACAGCAAUUCCUCAGUACUCUUCAGUUAUUGUUUAUUGAUGACGUCAUCACUGCCAGCAAGGCGAAUCAGUCAGAAGGUCACUCUGUUGGAACACCCGACGACAACAACAAAGUGACAGGCUGGAGCAAUGCGGCACGCGCUGAUGCUGAUCCCAGUGUGGUUAGCAAGAAAGAGCCGCAUCGUGUCAGGAUCUGGAUGAAGAGUCCAUCUAGCGUAGCCGUGGAUACUGUGGAUCAAGACAGCUCUACUGUAUACACGCUGAUGACGUGUGAUAUGGAUAUUCAGCUGAUGCUUCACUCAAUCAAGGACGGCACUCAGCUGAAUGUGGACAUGCAGCUCAUGAAGACGGCUGAGCGCUAUCCUGUAGGUACCCACGGUGUGUUGGGAGGUGAUGACGGUACUGAUGGUCCAUUCCCUAUAGAUCCUGGAGAUACGCAUGUCAGUACACCUGUUGGUGGUGGACUUGUCGAGUCAAGACUUACCUGUGAUGUCUUUGUGGCUGGUGCUGGAAGUGCUGGAUUGGGUGCUGCCUUGUCGGCUGCCAGGAGUGGUGCGUCAGUGAUCUGCGCACAUGGCAGGAAAGUAGUCGGUGGGAAUUCGUCUAGUGAAGUCAAACUCAAUAUGGUGGGUGCUGACAUCAGUGGAGGACGCGGUGUUGAGCUGCAGACUGAAGCACGUGAAGGAGGUAUUCUGGAAGAGAUACGUCUGGACAAUUCCGUGUACAAUGCUCAGUGGUGUCCGGAGAUGUGGGACCUGACAAUGCUUGACAAGUUCCGGACACUUCCCAAUAUGAACUUGCUUCUCAACACUUGGUUUGUGUCAUGUACAUUGGACGACAAUGGAUCGAUUACGAGUGUAGUUGCUGAGUGUCAGCUGACCCAACGUCGUUACAUCAUCACAGCAAAGGUGUACAUAGACACAACUGGUGAUGGUCGACUGGGAGCUGAGGCAAAGUGUCAGUGGAGACAAGGUCGUGAAGCACAGUCCGAGUACAAGGAAUCGCUGGCUAUGCUGACAGCGGACACUGCUACGGAGGGAUCAUCACUUGCCUUCACCACCAAAGACAUGGGGAGGCCUACUCCGUUCUCACUGCCAACAUCCUAUAAUCGUCGGUUUACAGCGGAGGACUUUGCUCAUCGCAAACUGGCUUCCUAUGACUAUGGCUAUUGGUGGAUAGAGCUAUCCUGGCCGUAUGAUAAUGUCAGCGACCAGAACACAAUCACAGCUGAACUUCACCAGGCACUGCUUGGUGUGUGGGACUAUAUGAAGAACAGUGGUGGAGAGCUGGCUGAGAAGACAAAGAACCUGGCACUGGACUGGUUUGGGUAUUACCCUUGCAAACGUGAGGCACGUCGUCUCAAGGGCUUGUAUACGAUGACACAGAAUGACAUGGUACCCACGCCGGCUGCUUUCUCUGAUACCGUGUGCCAUGGCGGCUGGGGACUGGACCUGCACAAUCCUAAAGGAAUCAAUGAUCCAGACAUGCCGCCGUUUUCCAGCACCCACACCCCGUACAUCUACGGCACACCAUUGAGAUGUUUUGUGUCAGCUGAUGUCAGUAACAUGAUGAUGGCUGGUAGACUAGCUAGCUUCACACAUGUAGCGUUUGGAUCACAGCGCGUCAUGGCAACAUGCUGUGUGCAUGGCCAAGGUGCUGGUACAGCUGCUGCCUAUGCUGCACUUCACGGCAUGACACCACAACAAGUUGCCAAAGAUCCCGAUGCUGUCUGGAGUGUGCAACAGCAACUACUGCGUGAUGAUCAGUUUGUUAUUGGUCAAGUGAAUCAAGAUCCUCGCGACAAGGCACUCACUGCUACUGCAACUGCUACAUCAGAACAAGACAUAGGACCAGCAACAGCAGUGACUUCUGGUCAAACGCGUGCUGUGUUUGGCAAGGGUGGAUGUAUGACAUCACAGUCCCUGCCCGGCACUAACCGAUGGAUCAGCAAUGGACUACCAGCUACACUCACAUUGAUGUUCAAAGAACCCAUUGCUUCAGUUGGACAGGUUGAGCUCGUCUUUGACUCUGGCCUAUUCCGCUUGCUGACAUUCACAAUGAAGAAAGCUCAUCAAGAGAAGAUGGUGUGGGGCCAAGCACAGCCAGAGCUUGUCAAGGACUACAGCAUUGAAGCAUUGCCAGUAGCAACAAACUCCUGGCAGACGCUCACGGACGUUGAAGACAAUCACCAGAGGAAGAGAGUGCACAUGAUUGGCUAUGCAGAGAAGUGCUCUGGCAUCCGUAUCACUGUGACAGCCACCAAUGGCAUUGCUGAUGCUCGUAUUUGUGAGGUGAGAGUGUAUGAGAUUGGUAAUGGAGGAAAGUUUCCAGUCAAGCCGAAAGGACUACAGCCACAUCCACUGUUGACAAUGCAAGACCAUGCACAAGCAAGCCUUCACUUGGCAGCUCCUCCUGAGCCAACUUGGUGGAGGGAAACAGAUGCCGACGACAUAGCAGCCUAGACCCAGGUCACAUGACUUGUACCGUGCAAAACAUGACGUCACUAUGACACCAACAUGAUGUCAUCAUCGUAAUGUUACUCCCGACCACGUGACCAGACCCAGUGUAUUGUAAAUGAUGUCAUGCAAUGAGAUUUCAAGUUUGUGAUGGCGGCGAUCCGAACUUGUGUUACACAUUUAUUAUAGUUGACCAUCUAUUUUGUUAAAACUCCAAUCUCUUUUAUAGCCUCAUUCUGAAAUGAUGAAUCAUUGCAUUGAAAAGUGAAUCCAAACUAUUGAAAGCCGCAUGCUGUUGUGACAUGCUGUUAGCUGUGCACUUGGCAAGUUCCUUCUCCCACCCUAACCAGCUAUCACCUGCCUUGAUUCGAAUUCUACAAAAGUCAGUUCGCCAUCGUUCUGCUGGUUCACGGUUCAGCAGCACCAUGAGGAGAAACUCGCCACUGUGAUGUGGUUGAGCAACACAACAUGCUGAUCUGCAUAUCUGGGUCAGGAUGGCCGAGUGGUCUAAGGCGCUGCGUUCAGGUCGCAGUCUACUUCUGUAGGCGUGGGUUCGAAUCCCACUUCUGACAUCCAAAUAUUUUUUUCCAUUUUUUCUCUUCUGCUAGCAUUACAUGGCCCCAGUAUCAUGGGAAUCUGCCA